GAUGGCAGUGUGAUCUAAAUAACCCGUUAGAACUAGGACGCAGUACUUUGUUUCAUUUAAAAAAAAAAAAAAAAAAAUCUUGGGGAUGUCCCUCCCCCCUCCUCUAGAAUAUCCAUGCCUUCAGUAUUCCUUACGAUCAUUGAUAAUUCGUGGAUCCGCCCUUGUUAAGUUCUUGUAUUUCGGGAAUUUUACUUGUUCCCGAUUUACCUUCGUAUUUUACGUGCGCAUGCGUGAUCAGUAACCGCGGCAUGUACGAGACGGAAGGUAAACAACCGACUUCUAAAGAUGUUUUCUGGUCAAAAUUUGAUCCAGAAACAAAGAAUGACAGAGAUGCCAUAGUGCCAGGUGUGACAGCUCCGGGAAAUCGCCGGCCUCACAAACCUGGGAAGAUGAAGUCAACACAAGCAAAAUCUGGUCGUAAAACCACUGAGGUCAAGGCCACGAUCCCUCUCAUGCCGCCAGUCAAGGUCAUGAACUUAUCUGCAGAUGCGACAACAGUUACACAAGAUUUGACAAUUGAAAGUCUGCAGGAACAGAAUAAGAGACGUCUCCAUGUCAGUAAGAGGGUCUCUCUGAAGGAUCUGUGUGCAGAUGACAAGAAACGGGUUGCUAAUCUGAUCAAGGAACUGGCAAAGAUGGGAGAUGAGAAAGAGGCUGUAUUAGGACAGUUACAGACAGAGAGGAGGGAGUAUGAAAAGCAGGUCAUCCAGCUCGUCACUCAACAGGAAAACAUUCUACAGGAGAGAGAGGAUAUUCAGGGUAAGCUGUUUCAAUGUCAGGAGUUACUGAGUCGAUAUAAGGACCAGCUUCUGGAGAGAGAGGAACAACUCAACACAUCCAUCACUGACAUUGUCAAUAGAAAGGAAUCUCAGCGCAGAAGAAGUUAUUCUUCUGAAGAAGAUCACUGUGAAAAUAAGAGAAAACAAAACUCAAAAGAAAACAAGGAAAACAGGGCUACUAAAGACCUCCAUCAGAAGUAUGUUGAAGUAGAAACAACCAAGGACCGCCUCCGGCGACCUUUCACCUCAAUGAUUGACAAGGAGAUCGCCAAACAGAAACAGACUGAAGAUGGUUGUCUAAGUACUAUAGUGAGUUCAGAGACAUCUACCACAACACCACCCCGACAUAAAGAGGGAGUGAUCGCUUAUAACGACAGAAUCCCAAUCAUGCAAGCGUUUAGGGAACCAGUCAUGUCUAGUACGCAAAAAAGUGCCGAUAUCAAAGCUUACGUGGACGAAGACUCUCCUAGAGAUGAGUUUCAGCGUUUAGAACCGGAUCCAAGUCCACGGUCAUCAAGGACAUCGUUUCCGUGCAGUUCACCAAAAGGUCAGAGGUCGUCCUCUCCAGCUAGUCAGUCAGGGAAAAGCAACAGAGUGGGGUUUAAAGAAAGACUGACAGUAGACAAUGAUGAGUUAGAAAAACAUUCCCCACAACUUGGGAGUACGAGUGAUAGGAAUGGGAGCAAGGAAUUUCUACAGAAGUACAGAAAACUCACCCCAACAGAACGCAAGCAUGAACUCCUGAAGCAGCGGGAGGUGCUGCUGGACGAGCAGAAGAGACUUCGCAUGAUUCUAGUGGAGCAGGAAACACAGCUAAAGAAGAAGCAAGAUAUCAUAGAAAAACGGCGGACUACCCAGCAGGCCAGAAUGGAUUACCUGGAGAGGAACGGGGAAUUCCCAGACGACGCUGAUAAUGACGGCAGUGUGUUCAAUGUCCAAGAUGGUGGAAGUGUGUUUGAAGGUCAAGUGGACAGACUUAACCUGGACAGGUACUUGAGUGAGGAAAACAUCCUUAACAUUAGUGAUAGAGAGGAAAUACACAAAGAUUUUGGUGGUGCUUCAAACAAUAUCCGUUCAAAAGAACCUCCUGCUAGAUCACAAUUUCGGGAAAUACACAUACAUGGACCCAAAUAUCCUACCACAGAGAUGCAUUUACAGGACAGAUACACAAGAGCUACCUCACCAAUGAGACUGGAGGCUGAAUGUGGUGGAUCCGCCCCUUCCACCCCACGGUUGAUUGAUGCUGCCACCAGUUAUUCCAGAAGAAUGGACCAGUCCAUGGAGGAGGUGGGAGAGGACCCUGUGGACACCCCUAAGAGAAGAAUGGAUGCUGCCACAAGCUAUUCCUGUAGAAGUCCUCGUUCUCCUAUCCAGGAUCACGAUUUCACAGACUUACCCAAACAGAACAAUCUUCCCCUGCAGACAAACCGUCAGAAAGGAUCGAAAUCUCCUGUCUCAAGGUUACCUUCAACACCAGGAGAGAAAACCCUGUCAGUUGUGGAGAUAGUCAAUUCUUUAGAAGCAGAACCCACCUCCCACCCCUCCCACCUCAUUAGAUCCUCCACUCAAAGGGAAGUCACUCCCACCAGGAGUAGGCCUAUGUCUGUCGGAGGAACAGCAACCAUAUUGUCCACUGGAAGUGCGAGACCCCUUAAAGGGACAGUGUUUGCGGUCCCUCCUGUCAAAGACCAGUUCUGUGAGGAAAUUGCAGAAGAAACUGCGGAAGAGAGCUCUCUAUUGGAGGACAUUUUUUUCUUGUGAUUUUGUUACUCGUAAAAUGUUCAUGAUUUGAUUUAUGAAAUCUUAAAUUGCUGCAUUUCACUGGUAUUUAAAUAUAUUUGUGACAACAGAAAUAAGGUAAUUGCUGUUGUUUAAGAUUACAAAACCAUCCUCACAAUAUAGUUACAUAAUACUUACUAGUCUUAAGUACAUACCGGUAUGUAGGAUUAAUCCUUUAUAUUUAUGUAGAUUUACUAUAAUGUUGGAUGUCAUUCAGAAAUUUCCAGGAGAAGAAAUUAAAGGGUGAUCCAAAAUUUCA